GAGCCGUGGUGGUGGUGGCCAUGGUGGAGCUCAGGGUCUCGCCCCGCCGUGACGGUGCUUGUCCCCAUAGGGCUGUGGGUCCGCAAUGGGACGGGGCUGAUCCGCAGGGAGGGCCAGCAGCUCUACUGGACCUUCGUGGCCCCCCAGUUGGGCUACUGGGCGGCGGCAGUGCCCUCUCCUAGCCCAGGGCUGGUGGCCGUGGCUGCGGGCAUGAAGGACAUCACGGCGUACCACACCAUCUUCCUGCUCACCAUCCUGGGCGCGCUGGCCCUGCUCGUGCUCACCCUGCUCUGCCUCCUCAUCUACUACUGCAGGCGCCGCUGCCUGAAGCCACGCCAGCAGCACCGCAAGCUGCCGUUGUCGGGGACGUUGGACCCCUCCAAGCGGGACCAGGCCACGUCCAUGUCACAGCUCAACCUCAUCUGCAGCAGCCACCUGGAGACGGCGUCCUCGGGGGGGGACACGGAGGCUCACAGCCCCGUCCUCAAAUUCGACAGCUCCCGCGAGGACUUCUUCAAGCAGGUCCCCUCCUCCGCGCCCCAAACAUCCUCCAACGCCGCGCCGCGCCGCUGCCACCCCCGUGAGGACUUCACCCCCAGCGAGGGUCCCCCCACCGCCUCCCAUGGAGCCGAAGUGCCACCGUCCGACCCGCUGCCACCGCCGCCACCGCCGCCACCGCGGCCGCCGUCAUUGGGAGCGCCCAUGGGGCCAGCGAUGGGGCCAGCAAUGGGGCCGCCCAUGGGGCCGCCGGGGCCGCUGAUCCUGUGCGGAGCGCUGGAGGGUCCGCAGGAGGACGUGUACCGCGGCGUGGUGCCCACCCUGCUCAUCCCCGCGCGCUACAUGCGCCUGGACGGGGCCGCCGAGGGCGCGCAGCAGCUGGAAGCGACCAACCCGGCGGCGGCGGCGAGCGGCUCGAGCCAGGCUGCGGCCCCGGCCCAAGGCGGCGGCGGCGGCCCCGUGGCCAUCCCCGUGCUGCUCAACGAGUCCGCGGUGGCGCAGCUCAACGGCGAGCUGCAGGCGCUGGCCGAGCAGAAGCUGGUGGCGCCGCGCGCCUGGUUCGUGUCCCUGGACGGGCGCGCGUCCCACGUCCGCCAUUCCUACAUCGACCUGCAGGGCGGCGACAGAGGGCCGCCCCGCUCGCGGCCGCCCCCCCCCCGCGGGCCGCCGUCGCCCGAGGACAGCGCGCUGGCCCCGCUGCUGGGGGGGCCGCCCGUGGGGCGCCGCGGGGCCGGGGGCAGCGGGUGCAGCAGCGCCUCCGAGCCCCCCCGGGAUUCCCCCAGCAGCCCCGAGGAUGAGGCGGGCGACGGGGGAGACGGCGGCGACGACGGCGGGGACCGCAAGAGCCCCUGGCAGAGGAGGGAGGAGCGGCCGCUCAUGGUCUUCAACGUCAAGACGGGGGGGUCUGGCACUGCCCCCCGGGCCAGCGGUGCCUCCAAGCUGCCAUAGGGGGGGGGGGGGGGGG